AUGCCACAAACGUGGCCCGGUGCACGAAUUGGUUUAAAGCGCAGAUCUGAGGUGAUGGUCUCGCAGAGCAACUGUGAAUUGGGUGUUGGGUUCGGCGCAACAGAACCCACCGGCCGACCGGGCAACGAAAAGUGGCAACCGGAAGAUCAGAGGCCCGGUGCCACCGGUGCUCGGCCCCUGGAAUCUGGAGAGGAUAGUCAUCCCAGGCCAUCACAAUGCAUGGAAGUUCUCAUAGCAUGCAAUCAGUAUGUCAUACGUGGCAGCCCUCCAGAAACGGCGCUCCAAAAAAUGGUGAACGACAAGGCGCUCUCUAUGAUGUCCAUGCUCCUGAUGAGCUUCAUCGCUUUCGCAACUGCGCAGCGAAGCCAAGCGUCCAAGUAUGAGGGACAGCCCUUGAUGCUGACGCCAAAUAUCAUGACUGGCAUUCUGAUUGGUUCCCUGUGGACCGUUUUGUUCCUCGUGGGCUUUUGCUGCCUCUUCAACGUGCAGACACCAGCAGCCUUUGAGGAGAGAGCUUUGGUAAUCAACAAGAAUUACUGA